UUGGAAAAAAUGGGAUUUAACUCGGUCUGGCGAGGAUGGAUCCAGGAAUGCCUUCAAUCUACAUCAUUUUCGGUCCUCAUGAAUGGGACGCCAGCUGGGUUUUUUUUCCCUUCCCGAGGGCUCAGACAGGGUGAUCCGCUCUCUCCCCUUCUCUUUGUCCUCUGUACCGAAGGAUUUGCUGCUCUCCUUCGUCAAGCUAUCUCGGAAGGAAAACUACAAGGUGUCAAAGUGGCCCCUCGUGCACCUCGUAUCUCUCAUUUGUUCUUUGCUGAUGAUUCUUACCUUUUUCUUCGAGGUUCCCUCCAAGAAUGUGAGAAUUUGAUCGAAGUUCUAAAUGAAUAUGAGGAGUUGAGUGGCCAGAGGGUGAAUCUGGAUAAAUCGGCGGUGUGCUUCAGUAAAAAUAUUGCGCUAGCGGAUCAGGAAUUCUUGGCUGCAAUUUUAGGGGUAGGGGCUGUGGGUGUCCACGAUAAGUAUCUGGGUCUCCCAUCUCUAAUAGCCCGGUCAAAAAUGGAUACUUUUCGCUACCUGGAGGAGAAACUUCUGGCUAGACUGCAGGGGUGGAAGAGGCGAACAUUAUCGUGGGCGGCGAAGGAAACAUUGAUUAAAUCAGUGGCAUUAGCUCUGCCUCUGCAUGUUAUGUCCUAUUUUAAGUUACCCCUGGCUCUGUGUCGCCUACUUGACAAGCAUGUAGCCCGAUUUUGGUGGGGGGUGGAGGAAGGAAAGUCUAAGAUCCGGUGGAUUUCUUGGAGGAAUUUAUGCUCUAGUAAACAUGAAGGGGGCAUGGGGUUUCGCCGUUUUGAGUUCUUUAAUCAAGCUUUGCUGGCUAAAAUUGGUUGGCGUAUACUUGAGGAACCCCAGUCCCUUCUUGCCCAAGUGUAUAAAGGGAAAUAUUUCCCCAAUGGGACGUUUCUCACUGCUCAGGCCAGGUCUCGUCCCUCUUGGGGGUGGCAGAGUAUCCUCUUUGGCCGUCAAUUGUUGGAGUCUGGGUUGCGAUGGCAAAUCGGGAAUGGUCAGAAGGCUCCUCUGCUAAUGUCCAGUUGGAUCCCCCAGCAGCAUCCCCGUCCUCCAGUGUAUAACCCACGCGUGGUUCCUAGUGGGGAGGGGUUGAAGGUGAAAGAGGUCAUCCACCCAGGAGAGGGACGAUGGGAUGAUCAAAAACUCAGGCAUUGGUUUGACCCAGAAACCUGUAGAGCCAUUAAGACCAUCCCUUUGUCGCGUCUGAAUAUUGAGGAUAAAUUGAUAUGGCAUCCGACUUCUGAUGGAAUUUUCUCUGUUAAGUCUGUGUACUACGUCGCGGUAAAUCUGGAUCGUCAGAGAGGUCGAUGGAAGGCCUUGGUUAGUUGGAUGGAUAAACCAAGUUGGAUCAGGCUGUGGGAAGCGGAUCUCCCUCCAAAGCUUAGGGUGUUUGUCUGGCAAAUCUUUCAUAGAAUUCUUCCUACAAUGGAAGCGUUGCGUGAGAAGGAGGUGGAUGUCUUGCCUCGAUGUCCGGUGUGCUGGGAGGCAUCGGAAACUCUGGAGCAUAUGUUCUUGGAGUGUCCGGUGGCUCGUGCAUUGUGGGAUUAUUCUGGGCUAGCCCAUCUGGGUGAAGGUUUGCCUCGCCAUACGUUCCCGCUUUUUCUGAGGAAAUUGUUGGCAGUGGUGCAUAGCCCUGCUCUGGUGAUGUCGAUAGUGGCUAUUCUGUGGCGGAUUUGGCGCUCUCGGAAUUGGGUGGUCUUUGAAGGAAAACAGUUCGCGAUCCCUGCCUUGAUGCGACAAUUCCACCAACAAGUGCAGGAGUGGCUUAGCCUCCCCCGGGACCAGACUGUUCAGAUUGAUCCCACCCCGGCCCCAACCAUAAUGUUUGAUGGAGCUGAUACGGCAAUUUGCAUGUGGGAUGGGGCGGUGCGGCUGGGAUCUCAUGCGGCAGAAGGGAUGGUUAUCCUUAAUUCUGAAAGAGCGGUUAUCCUUGCGAAGGGGGUUCAUUUCCCGUUCCUUAGUGAUCCACUGAUGGUUGAAGCUCUGGCUCUCCGGGAGGCGAUUGGAUGGUGUUUGGCUAAUGGAUUCACUAUGAUGAGGUUUGAAGGUGAUGCUAAGGUGAUAAUUGAAAAGAUUCUCUGGAAGGAUAUUCGGGAUAGUCAUAUAGGGGUGAUUCUGGAGGAGAUAGUCAAUUCUUUUGCUUCAAACUUAGGUUUGUCCAUACGAUUUGUAGGUCGUCGAAACAAUAGGGUAGCUCAUUUAGUAGCUAGACAGGCCCUGCCUUUGUUCCCGACUGCAUGUCGUUCUUUUGAUUUCCGGACCUGGCUGUAUUCCAAGAUGUAAUGAUCUAUUUGUUUCAAUCUAUUGAUUAUCUUUUGUAAAAAAAAAAUUACUCUAGGGGUCGUCUGGAUGGAUCAAAGUGAUGAGUCAAUGUACUCCGAUUAAUUCAAAAAGAGCCAAUUGGGCCAAAUUGUCCCAUUUGGCUACAAAAAGUAGGAAUGAGACAAUUGGACAUGAGACAAUUGAAAUUGCUUCAUUAUGGGUCAAUGUUAAUUACUUGGGUGGGAGGGAGGUAAUCUACAUAGCUCCAUUUUGUGGGUCACUUUUCCCAAUCUAACCUCUUUUAUUUACUCUCUUUUUUCUUUCUUCCUUUCCCAAGAUGGAGAAGAGUAAAAGAAUGAUGACAAAUAUGUAUUUUCAUAAAAUGACUAAUCACAAUUGUCUCAUGUCAAAUCACAAGCCAAACAAGACAAUUAUGUAAACAUUUUCUCAUACAAUUAGCUCAUUUUCUAAAAGGGUUAAUUGCAUGGUUGGUCACUGAAAUUACAAAAAACGUUCAUGUUUGGU